UUUAAACUUGCGUGGGGGACUCAAAUUGCGCUCGACAGUAAUACUGCAUUAUGUAUCCAUGCUGCAGUGCUAGUGCUUGGUGCUAUGCUGCAUAAUACUUUAGCAUCAUCUCUAGUUUGCCAUGUGUGUUCGAUGACGCUAGAAAAGUUGCUCACCUUUUCUCUUCCCUUGUGCUUGUAAACAGUGUGCCAAUGUGUGCACGUCCUGUGGUCAGUGUGACCAUGAUACUUGUGAUAGUCUAUAACUAUACUACUACAACUAGUCAUCAUAAAUGUGAUCGACCAUAACCACAUACUAGUGUGACCAUAAAGCUCACUCUGUGCACGACAGUGAUAAUAAUGAUCGAGUGCAUACUUUAACCAUGGAGUUUUCAAUAGUCCUACUUUUAUUGGGGCCUAUACUGUCUAACGUAUAAGGUUGCAACUUGCAUGGCACGCCUGCAAUUCGAAAUCCAUCAAAACUUGAUGCAAAUCUCACACUGGUCGAGAAACCAAAGGAACCAACCAAAUUUUGUGCGGACCGACUAGUAGUACUAGUAGUAGUACUUUGUACUAGUUGUAGAAUAUUUAGGAAAACCCAGUACGAGCACUAGCACUACUCGUUCUCAUGAUGGCAGAGUCUGCCAGUGGAAGUGCUGUACCUGUACAUAACAUCAUGGAGAUGACUAUUUGGGAUCCAACUACAAGCAAGGAUUGGGAUCAACAGAAAGCUACUCAUCAGUGUAUAUUAAGAAUCAAACGAGACAUCAUGAACAUCUAUGCAGAGCCUCCCCCAGGUAUGUGUGUUGUGCCGGAAGAGGACAUCACAAAGGUACAUGCCUUGAUAACAGGUCCAUUUGACACACCCUAUGAAGGAGGUUUCUUCCAUUUCUUGAUCCGGUUCCCACCAGAUUACCCAAUAAGGCCACCGCGUGUUAAGCUGGUCACUACAGGAGAAGGAAAGGUCCGUUUUAAUCCCAAUUUGUAUCGAAAUGGCAAGGUCUGCUUAAGUAUACUUGGAACUUGGACAGGUCCAGCCUGGAGUCCUGCCCAGUCUCUGUCCAGCGUGUUAAUCUCCAUUCAGUCACUCAUGAAUGAGAAUCCCUACCACAAUGAACCUGGUUUUGAGCAGGAACGACAGCCAGGUGACUGUGAGCGUUACAAUGACUGUAUUCGCCAUGAAACCAUUAGAGUAGCUGUUUGUGACAUGUUAGAAAGUGAAAAUCCAUCUAUGCCAAAAACACUCAGAGAGGUGAUGAAGAAGUCUUUUCCUGAAUUUUAUGAGUACUACAUGAGUACAGUGACUGAUAAAUCGCAUCUUACUGGACAAUGCAUGCAGGACCCGUACGGUGAAAGAAGAGGAAAGUUCCAGUAUAAUGCGUUAAAAAUGAGUCUGGAAAAAAUUAAACAGAAGUUGGACGAAGAAGAGUCUUUAAACAAAACCUCAGAGGCAGACUCCAGUAGUACCUCUGACAAUGAAAUGGACACAUCAUCACCUUGUCCGUCAGAAAAAGUUUCUUGAUAUUUAUAAUUAUGCACUGUAAACUCAGAACAACCAGAAGUCUUUACUAUCCAAAUUGUCUGUGAUGUCUGGGCUGUCAGAAAUGUAGCUCUGCUACAAGGUUCAUUGCCAGAUUCAUUGUCCUGAUUGCUGCAAGUUACCGACUCUAAUGCAUAAUCGUACCUUUCCAGUAGAGCAUUUCAAACUUUUAAGGCAGCAGAAGCAGACUGUUUAAAAAAAUAGUCAUGCCUAAUUGCUCAUAACCCCUGAUGUUUCUACAAUAAGGUAAAGUAAUUUGCCCUUUUAGGCAUUUUGGUUACAAAUUUGUUGCAGUCAAGCAUUUGGAUGAACAAUUAAGGCAAGUGCAACUGCCUUUUUAUAAAUUUGUCCUUUGGGGUUUGUUUUACUGAAAAUGUGAACGAAAUGUGAAGUUUUACCUUUUCUCUGUAGUUUUGGAGGACAUAAUUGCUAAGGAAAGUAAUUCCUGUGAAUUAUGGUUAGUGAUGUUACUUGGUUGGGAAAAAGGGUUAUUGGCCUAGCCCAGCAUCAACUGGCCAGGCUGGACCAACUCAUUGUUUCCUGAACUAUCAUGGUAAACUAGUGAGCCAAAUUGCUUUAAAUAGCUAUAUUGCGGUCCUACCCAACUCUCCAUGCAUACGUAUUAUGCAGGAACUGAACAUUGUUCUGUAUGGGCUACUCACAAUGAGAUAAUGAUUGGUAUAACGCAUAGACAGUUGCCUGUGCACAUAACUUGUAAUUUUCAACUGUGAGUGAUCAAAGUAUAAUUAUUUGAAAAGAGGAAUGACUCUGAGUAUAGGUUUUCCCGGACAAUUUCGGAAAAUAUGUACAAGAAUUUGUUAAAGAAGCUUUCGCUUUCGUGCGAAAUAGAAUGAACGUUCCAAAUCCCUGUUUCUAUUUAACAAAUGAUAAUUCUAUUUCCAUGAAGUUGCAUUCAGUCGUAAAAAAUCAGCAUACGAAUUCCCGAAUGUGCAAUGCAUUUCAGUAUAUUGACAUUUCAUUUUAGCGCGAAAUCGUAUUUUAACGUAUGCCUGGUUGAGAAUUGGAAUUCAUUUAUGUGUUCACAAAAGUAACAUAUGAGGAAUGUUUGAUUGAAUGAUUAAAUUUUGGAAUAUUCAUGAUGAUUGUGCUAUUAAAACCAAAGUGAUGUAGUCUUUCAAAACCUACCAACUAUUGUAAUAAAUCCUAUAUAAAAACCUAAGAUGAACACAAUCGUUCUUUUUUUUGCUCAGCAUUUGCCACAAUCGCAUCAUAUAACCAAGCAAUCCAACUGAUAAAAUUAGAGAGAACUUUAAAAAAUACAGAAAGCAUUAAAAUACAAUUAAGACAAAGAAACAACCAAAAUGUCGCCCGGAUCUCAUGUAACAUGACACGUGAUGUUUCCCUUUACUGUCCCAGUAAUAUGCUUACAAGACUAUUUUGAUUGAUUUAAUUUUGGUAAGAUUUAUAACUUUCUAACAUUUCAUUUGCCUAUUUCAAAACGGCCUUUGUGUACAUAAGAACAAACCCAUUAAUGAUCAAUUAGGCCAACAAUACAUUGAUUAAUCAAUAAAUCAGGCAAAGCUGCAUCAUUAUUUGUAUAAGUCGUAUACUUUAUUUAAAUUGAAUGCAGACUUUGCGAAUGUAAAUUAUGACAAAGUGAAAAAGAAUGUACAAUUCAGCCCGUGUCACAAUAACAAAUCGAUUUUCUGCGAAUUGGAUUGCACAUUCGUCAUAAUGGGCAACGCAUCCGUCGACCAAAAGCCUAAUCACGUAUUUGUAAUCAUUUAAAUGAAACAUUAUGCACAUUCAUUAUUUGAAUGAUGCAAAAUGAAAUCGAAUGCUAGUUAUUGCCAAAAUGAAACCCGGAUAUACGUCGUUCUCAAAAUCAGCGCAAAAUUGAAUUUAUGUUUUACAAAUUCAAAUGCACAUUUUCCAAAUUGACGGGGAAACCUAUAUUUCAGGGCAUAUAAAUAGCAACAAUUGCACUAGGCACCCUGAUAUUUUCACCUUGGUGUGGUGCUUAUUCACAGGGUUCAGUUACAGUUGUGAAUGGGAGUACUUUGUGUGUGGCACCCCAAAAAGCCACCUGGAUGUUAUUCAUGUUGUUUUUGUUCGUUGUGAUGCCUUCAUUUUCAGUCAAAUUAAAUAUGGUUUAUUUAGACAUUUUAUUAGACACUUUAUUAACAUUUUAUAGACCACAUCCUCACAAAAGGUAACAUCAUUGUGGCAACAUAAUGUUGCAUGUGACAUGAAUCACCUCACUGGAGAAUCACUGAAGAAUUAAACAUCUUUUCUAGCCAAAGUACAUGUACUAAUGUUAAAUAUGCUGAGAUGUUAGAAUGACUUCACUGCAUGCACUGUGAAAUUUCCCCUUAUUUUUUUAUUGGAAUCAUUUUAAGUUUAAUAUCUAAGGUGCGCUUUGCAGGAUAAUUGCUGAAAGAAAUGCUAUAGGUAAAAUAUUUUUGUAAAAACUGAGAGGGUCUGAUUAUGGUGACACUUGGUUUACACAAUAUGCCACGAAAUGCUUUAAUAACUUCAUCAUUUUGUGUUUUUCUUAGGCAUGUUUAAAAGUCGUGUUUUUUCCCGAAUACCAAUAAUAUAAGAACCGUACUUUAAAUGCA